GCUGCUCCCUGCUGACUGGGGUGUGGGCGGGGAGCGGCGGAGGGAGGAGGAGGCGCUGCUGGCCGCCGCCGUUGCCUCAGCUGCUGGGCGCUGGGCAGCUCACCGGGUUUCUGCGGCCGCCAUGGACGAGCAGGCGGGUCCCGGCGUCUUCUUCAGCAACAACCACCCGGGCGCUGGCGGUGCCAAGGGUCUCGGGCCUCUGGCGGAGACGGCCGGCGACGGGGCGGCUGCGGCGGGGGCGGCCAGAGCCCAGUACAGCCUCCCGGGGAUCCUGCACUUCCUGCAGCACGAGUGGGCCCGCUUCGAGGUGGAGAGAGCCCAGUGGGAGGUGGAGCGGGCGGAGCUGCAGGCCCAGAUUGCCUUCCUUCAGGGGGAAAGGAAAGGUCAAGAAAAUUUGAAGAAGGAUCUUGUGAGGAGGAUCAAAAUGCUGGAGUAUGCUCUUAAACAGGAAAGAGCCAAAUACCACAAGUUGAAAUAUGGGACAGAAUUGAAUCAGGGAGAUAUGAAGCCUCCAAGCUAUGAUUCUGAUGAAGGUAAUGAGACAGAGGUCCAGCCACAACAAAAUAGCCAAUUAAUGUGGAAACAAGGUCGACAGCUACUCAGACAGUAUCUACAGGAGGUGGGUUACACAGAUACUAUUCUAGAUGUGAAAUCUAAACGAGUGCGAGCUUUGUUGGGCUUUUCAAGUGAUGUCACUGACAGGGAAGAUGACAAAAAUCAGGACUCAGUUAUAAAUGGCACAGAGGGUGAAAUUAAAGACACAGCAAUGAUUGGGAAAUCUGAGUUAACGGAUCCUGCCUCUGUGCUGGAUAAUUUCAAAUUCCCUGACAAUGCAGCUGCGGAUUUCAGUGAUGAAGAUGAAGAUGAUGACAUUGAUGGACGAGAGAAAAGCAUCAUUGAUACUUCAACGAUUGUUAGGAAAAAAGCGUUGCCUGAGAGCAGUGAAGAUCGAGAUACAGAAGAAGCUUUAAAGGAGUUUGACUUCUUGGUUACAUCAGAAGAAGGCGACAGUGAAUCCAGAAGUGCAGGCGAUGGCACAGACUGGGAAAAGGAAGACCAGUGUCUCAUGCCUGAAGCUUGGAAUGUGGACCAGGGAGUAAUUACCAAACUCAAGGAACAAUACAAAAAGGAGAGAAAGGGGAAAAAGGGGGUGAAGAGGCCCAAUAGAUCAAAACUACAAGACAUGCUUGCUAAUUUGAGAGAUGUUGACGAACUUCCCUCGUUGCAGCCUUCUGUGGGUUCACCUUCCAGACCUAGCAGCUCCAGGCUUCCUGAACACGAAAUAAAUAGGGCAGAUGAAGUGGAAGCGCUGACAUUCCCCCCUUCCUCUGGGAAGUCAUUCAUCAUGGGAGCAGAUGAAGCCCUUGAAAGUGAACUGGGACUUGGAGAGUUGGCAGGCCUUACAGUCGCCAAUGAAGCAGAUACACUAACUUACGAUAUAGCAAACAAUAAAGAUGCAUUGAGGAAGACGUGGAACCCUAAGUUUACGUUAAGAAGUCACUUUGAUGGCAUUCGAGCCCUUGCUUUCCACCCCAUUGAGCCUGUUUUGAUAACAGCAUCAGAGGAUCACACAUUAAAAAUGUGGAAUUUACAGAAAACAGCCCCAGCCAAAAAGAGUACAUCUCUUGAUGUGGAGCCUAUCUAUACAUUCAGGGCUCAUAAAGGCCCAGUGCUCUGUGUGGUAAUGAGCAGCAAUGGCGAGCAGUGCUACAGCGGCGGGACUGACGGGCUGAUCCAGGGCUGGAACACCACCAACCCCAACAUCGACCCCUACGACUCCUACGAUCCUUCUGUUCUGAGAGGCCCUCUGCUCGGCCACACCGAUGCAGUCUGGGGCCUGGCUUACAGUGCGGCGCACCAGCGUUUGCUGUCCUGCUCAGCAGAUGGCACUCUCCGCUUAUGGAACACAGCUGAGGCGGCGCCGGCCUUGAGUGUGUUCAAUGAUAAUCAAGAAUUGGGAAUCCCUGCCUCUGUGGAUCUAGUGAGCAGUGACCCGAGCCAUAUGGUAGCAUCAUUCAGCAAAGGAUACACAAGCAUCUUUAACAUGGAAACGCAACAACGCAUUCUUACUUUAGAGUCCAAUGUAGAUACGACAGCGAGCUCUUCCUGCCAAAUAAAUAGAGUCAUCAGUCAUCCCACUCUUCCCAUCAGCAUCACUGCUCAUGAAGACAGGCACAUCAAAUUCUAUGAUAACAAUACAGGCAAACUGAUCCACUCGAUGGUAGCCCACCUAGAAGCUGUUACAAGUUUAGCAGUUGACCCAAAUGGCCUGUACUUGAUGUCUGGCAGUCAUGACUGUUCAAUACGUUUAUGGAACCUAGAAAGUAAGACAUGUAUCCAGGAGUUCACAGCUCAUCGGAAAAAGUUUGAAGAAUCAAUUCAUGAUGUAGCUUUCCACCCAUCCAAAUGCUAUAUAGCCAGUGCUGGGGCUGAUGCACUGGCUAAAGUCUUUGUAUGACAGAAUGCAUCUUCUUCACCUUCUAGCUCUUUAUAAAUAAUCAACUGCACAAAGGAGAUAACAAGAGACCAGGGCAAGAAUCAACCCCUUUUGCCCUUUUCUGCUGAAGGAGCACAGAGAACAUUUGUUAAAGAAUAGUUUUGCAAUUCGUAUACUGUUUUCUAAAACUAAGGUUGUUCAGUUUGCUGCAAGCUCAGCGGAAUCUGUGAGCCUGAAAACUGUCUCAAAAUUUUCCCAAAAUAGGAAUUUUUAUUUCAAAAGUUGUUCUAAUUCGCUAGGCAGGCCUGAGCGAACAUAGGUUUAGCUUGUCCCCUAUUGAGUAAAUGGGGCACAAUGUAAGGGAUAAUUUAAAAGCUUGGUGGCUGGGAAUGAGUAGAGGAAGAGCCGAAAUUUAGACCUAGUUCUCCCCUGAGAAAUCUCGUUAAACACAUUAGGUAGUCAAAACAUUAAUCUCUACCAUAUCUGCUGAACUAAUCCCUAUGUACAUAAUGACCAGGCAAUGUUAAAAUGAGUUUUUAAUUUAGCUCUCCUUUCAGUUGGUCACAUAAAGUACCUGGCAAAGCAUUUUACCUAUUAGGGGGAAAAAAAGAAAUGCAAUAAUAUGUUAAAUAUAUUAUUAUUCAGAAAUGCUAAACAAAUAUUCAGUUUGUAAACAGAUAUCUAUAUUGUAUUACAUUUUUGAAAGUGGAUUUGUUGCCAUUCUAAAGUUUAACCGUCAAAAGCUCAACAUUAUGAAGAAUAGUUGAUAGACUCUGCUUUUACUAAAGGAUUUAACUUAAUUCAGGUGUAAGAUUCUGUUUAUUUUUAAGGCAAGCAGGGCAUAUCUUUAUAAAAAUUCUAUUAAUUUUAAAAUUCACUUUAUUCAUGUGAUAUUUAUAGUAUCAGAGUGGUUAUUUCAUAUUGAUAAAAUCUUAACUUUUCAGUGGUUGAAAAGAUGGUAGUUAUUUGCAAAUACUCAUUUAUCAAAACCCACAUAACCACAUUUCAAAUGAUCUCUGCUCGUUCUUUUUGUCUUUCAUAUUCAAAUUAUCUGACACCUACCAAAAGUAGUUCAUAAUUAUGUUUUAACACUCCACAGGGUAUGGUUAAUCUCAGUCAGCUGUUUUUGCAGACAUACUAAAUAAAGCAAAUGUUUUAUACUUCAGAAGUCCUCUAUUAACAUCUCCAAUAAGAAGAACCUCUUGAAAAUUUGGAUGGAAGAGCUCAGUGUAUAAUAUUGGAUAGUUUUCUCUCUCUUUUCCCCUCCCUACCCCUCAUCCAUUGUUUAAAACACAGCAUGUUUUAAUGGGCAGUGAAUCGAUAUUGUUUCUGGGGAAAAUCAUAUCUUAAAGGACCAGGGCUCCCUGAGCUCCUUGCCUCUGACUGACGUGGUCUGUCAGCUCUUGGGAUUCUCACGACCCUACUCUCUGAACCUGGUGGACAGACCUCAUCCCUGCCACACUCGCCUCCUCGCACACUCUUGUUUUCUCAGAAUGUCAGAGACCAAUCUAGAAAUUAGAAAUAAACUACUAAUAUCCAACUUUUCAGCAAAAUGUAUAUAUAAUAGGCUCUCAGACUUUUUAAAAACUUCACAUACAUAAAUAUUUUAACCUUUUCAUACAAUUCCUAUGUUCCUAUCCCCACAUAUUCCAUUGUCAUAACAAUUGCACUUCAAAUGAUAUGUACUCCUUGAAGAAUUAUUCUGACAUUGAUGUGGAUAGUAAUUGGCAAUUUUUCUUUAAAAUUUCUGCUUGUCUAUUUGUAGAAUUCUUCACUACACAGGCAAAUUUUCUUUAAGGACCUGUGCUAAAUUUGCUUGGUGGUAAUACAGAUAUGCUUUAAUAUUUUGACACAGCUACCCUGUCAUUUCAUCUGUGCUUUGGUUAACAGUGGGCUCAAGGGACUCUUGUAUAAUCAGAUAAAUUGACCUGGACAUGAGCUACCACAUCAUAGCCGAGCUACAUACCAGGUGAAUGUUUAUAUUCCCAGGCAGAUAAUGGAAUUCCACGUUGUGUUCGGUGAAUUCCUCUUUUGGUUUUUCGCAGAGUAAAGUAAUGGCAUUGCCAGCCUAGCAUUUGUAAAAUGAUACUGGAAAAUUCUAGCCAGGUGUCCGCCCUUGGCAUAUUUAUGAUGGACAACCACAAAGCUAUCGUUCUAUCAGUUAUCGCUUUUAAUUACCAGCCAAGGUAAUUAAAGGUCUUCAGUACCUUCUUUAUUUAUGUCACUGAAAUUCUCAAAGCCAAGACUUUCUCUUCACCUGCAUUUUAUACCUCACGGUUGAAAGUUUUCUGUUAGUGAGUGGAAAAUAACCAUGAGAUAUAUAGACCGUAGUGCAAGUGAUGGAACUGUUGAAAGUUCCUUAGGAAGCCAGUGCUGUGCCUCUGGAGACUGUACAUAGAAACAGAGAUUCUUCUCUACUAGUGCUGUGUGAUCUCAGCCUAACCAUGAGCCAAAGCUGCCUUCCAACCAGAUAGAAGCAUAUACACAUGUCCGAUUUUUCCCUCAGCCCAUUGAAAAGGUGAACAAAAUUCACAAAAUGAAAACAAAAUCAUGAUUUGAACAGUCACUGAAAUACUUUCAUAGGGCUUGGUUUGUAAAUAUUUUGGAUGAAAUGUAUUGGAAUAGUAUGAAAAUCAUCAAGAGAUGUGGGUUCCUGCCUUAUUUUCAUAUGCUGUGGAUACACCUGUGGGAGCCCACAGCACCCUUCUCCAGACUCAGCAGUCGUAUGGGGCUCAUUCGCUACUCGGACCAUAGAGUGAUAUUUAACAUAAGUGAUAUAAUGACCUUCAGUAUUUUUCUAUUGAACAGGUUUAUCAAUUUUUGCCAUUAAACAGAUAAUUAGUUAUGCAAAGUAUUUAGCUUUUAUAAUCAUUUUAGUUGUGACUAAAAGGGGAGAAAUUGAGCUGCAUCACUGAUAAUGAACUUUGUGAGAAAUUUUUUGUUUAUCCGACUUUCAUUCCUUCAGUAUUCUUGCUAUAAAUUUCUUUUGGAGAAGAUGAUU